AUGCACCACACAGUCACAUCAAAAUGUGAUGCAAGCCUCUUCCCAGGAUCGUGGGAUAGCAGAUCGCGAUUUCAGAUACCACAAGAAAUCGGGCACCACUCGGGCCGAUUUCCUAUUCUGGCUGCUGAACUCGCUACAGGCAGAUCCCACAUUACGGACUGGCCACGAGCUCAGACCUCAGUAUCAUUUACUGUUACUUGUUUUCACUCAAUUACAUCGGACCGGCGUGACAAAUGGGACUGGACAAGCAAGAUGAGAUUUGUAGCACAAAGCACAACAGGUUUGCCUCGUGAACUAGGUAAACCAUCAACUCUCAGGGUCGAGAAUUCAGGUUUCUUGAAAUUCACGAACUUGGGGUACUUGAAGGGCUGUACAGUGAAACAAAUGGCAGGGAUUAUGGACCCGUGCACGCCGCACCCGUUCCCUUAUAGGGCUGAGAGAUUUAUGCAGGGAAACAUCGGCGCAAAGUCGUGCACCAUUUGGAUCUUUCAAAGCCGAAAUCUAUAUACAGAUCGAUGUUUGCCUUAUGAGCAUAUCAACUCUAACUUUAGUAAAAAUUUCCACUAUUUUAUUCCCACUCCGACUUACAAAUCCAAAAAGUAUAGACCAGCAAAGCACUGCCAACAAUAUCAUAUCACCAUUCUAAUAUUCUCAGUUUUCCCCUCAUCUCCCAUAACGGAUAUGAAAUCCACGCGCGGGCCAGCGGAGGUGUUUAUAUUUAGUGAUCUUACAGUACAGUAUAGUCACGGGUCUGUGCCACAAAGCACAGAUCGACCAAGCAUUCAGCAAGGCAGUGGUUGUUGA